GUCGUCAGUUAUGUUCGUUGUUAAAAGAGUUUUUGCAAAUGGUUGUGGAUUUACGCAUCGCUGAAACAACAUUAAUUGUGCAAAAUAAAGAAUAAUCUCAACUGAAACUGCAUCCUCUGUGGACCACGUUUAGUAUAAUAAUUAGCUGGAAGAUCAACUUUUCUAAAAACAAUAAAUAACAAAUACAUAAUAAUAAAACAAAAUCCAACACUUAAGAAAAAUAAACAAAAGGUUUAUUUCUUCUGUUAGUGAAAAAAAUGCUAAAAUGAAUCGACAAAAACAUUUGAAUAUUUUCAAAAGCAAAAAAUUGCUAUGAUUUUUUGAUUUUUGAACUUUCGAUUCGUUCCAUAACUAAUUAAGACAGCCAGUUAGUUAAUCAGUGCAUAGAGUGAGUUGCCGCUGACCGCGACCUCAUCAGCCACACUAAUAAAACUAACAACAAUUGCAAGUAUAAAACAACAACAAAAACUAUUACAGAAAUCACAAAAACCGCGCCAGCAAAAAAUGGUAUUUGUGAAAAUCGCAAAAGUGCCACACGGAUCAGUCAAUUUGGUGAUACUGGAUUCGUAAGUGCACUAGUGAAUGCGAUCCGUCACAAGAGGAAAAGAAAUUGAAGUGAUAAAAAGUGUAAAAAGCAGCAGCAAUUGCAAAAAUAAGCAAAACACACACGCGUGGCGUAAAUGAACGAACGCAACUUGUUAAUGAACUAGAAGAAGAACCCGCAAGAACAGCAUAAUUGAAGUGAAAAUAGGUGUAGUUAAACUAAACUAAACGGAAAUUAAAUUUAAACAACAAAAUUACGAAAAUCAACGCUAUAAAUUAGUAAAUCUAAUAAAAAAGAAAAAUUUGAAAAUUUGACAAAAUUUAUAUAUUUGAACACAGUAAAAUUAGAAAAAAAUCAUUCGUCCUGGAUUAUCUGCUAAAGACGUUUCGCACUUUCAAAAACCCGAUUAUGGCCGAGAAUCAGACCGCCACGGAAGAUUCUGGUCAGCAAUCGCAACAUCAGCAGCAAGGACAGCAGCAACAACAACAGCCGCAGUCACCGCAGCAAAAUCAGCCACCUCCUCCCGCGUUGACAUCGCCUACAACACCGCCACAAGAGAAUAAUUCCGCAUCAUCGCCCGAAGAUACCCAAACCGUCGUUAUACCCAACACUAAUCAUCAUUCACACUUAAACCACCAAAAACUCAGCAAUCAACAAAACAAAUCAAAUCAAGCGCAUCCCGAUCAAGCACUCUCGCUUAUAAUGCAACAUCAGCAAUUUGCGGAUAUGAUCAAGGGCAGUUCAAUAGCAGCGCAACGCCGCAACACAAUACAGUCUCACACUCCCGUACGUGCCGCCAGCACCACAUCGAUUAAGAAGCCACCCCUGACUAAAAUGACAUCGCUUACAAAUGCAAAUACCGGCGGCGGUAGUGGUGGCACGAAACCCACUAGCAUGACCGACAAACAUCACCAACAUCAUCAUCAUCAUCCACAGAGUGCUCACCAAUCGUCACUUCAUCAUCAUAAUGUGAACAGCGCCAUGAACCAUCAUCACCAUUCGGGUUCCACAGGUGGCAAUGGUAGUGGUAGCACCACUAAUACGGUACAACGCCGCACCAGUGAAUGUUUGCGUCUGAAUGCCCCAGUCACAGGUGGUACUAGUGGUGGUGGUGGCGGUGCUAGCUCGGCCGCUAAUUCGUCCACUCCGAACCUUUCGAAUGCAACCAGCAACAGCAGCCUUCACUCGAACGUGACCAACAAUAGUUCCAGUUCGAGCACUUCUAUUGCACCGAAGUCAACAGCAACUACAGCUUCGACAUCGACGAAAGUCACAUCGCCGAAUAACAAUGGUGGUGGUGGAAGUAGUUCGGCCAGUACCAACACCAGUCGCAGUCAUCACAGUCAUGGGCACGGCGGCGGUGGGGGUGGCGCUGGCGGCAAUCAGCACCAUACUGCCGCUUCACAGCCAAGCAGAAAACCAAAGACGACCUCAUCAUUUCAGAUUACUUCCGUGACUGUCGGCCAUCCAAAAGUGAAUUCCGAUAAUGGAGACGAGUCAGCCGACGAUUUGGAUGAAUCUCAUACAGAUGACAAUAGUCGUGUCACCGAUCUCGAAAACGAGACGCCUUCAAUGUCGGAAGAUACAUUCUCCAAAGAAGAGGUAUAUUACUCCAAUAAUGCAUUGAGCACUACAGCACCGGUGAUACCGACAAGUUCACAGUAUGGGCUUGUAGUGGUGGAUCCCAAUGGUCCGUCACUCGGACAGACCAUACAAAAUGUGCAGGUCAAUGUAUCGGACAACAUAAUAAAUGUAGUGAGUGCCACUGUAACACCAGAUGGCAGCAAGAAGAAGGAUGACGUAAAGGAGACGCAGCCCCGUAGCGAGCGUUUCAAGGUGGUUAAGAUCGAAUCGACUGAGCCAUUCCGCCGAGGACGGUGGAUGUGUAUGGACUAUCUCGAUCAUUCAACUGUGGGCACCGGCGGAAAGGAGGGCGGCGGUGGCAACAAUAAUGAAAAGACUGUUUCCUCCGAGUCGGCUAGCGGCGGCAGCGCCGAACCGGCAAAAACUACGCAAAGUAUGAUAAUUGGGACGGGCGCUGCCCAGCUGCUCGAGAAUCAUGUGGAUGGGGUUGGCAAUAGCUUACAGCUGACCACUGGCGGUGGUGCUGCCGCUAGCGCAGCGACUGAUGGUAACUGGAACAUUAACGAUGGUGGUGAGCUUGCUCUGCCAGCACAGCAGUUGCAGCAACAAAUGUCCGCACCGUCGGGCAUUGCCACGGCUCCAGCCACAGUGUUGCACGGGAUGCAGCAAUUUGUGGCUGAUGCUGCCGCCAUGCAGCAGGGUCAUGCACCACCACAACAACAACAACAACAACAACAACAGCAGCAGCAACAGCAAGUGUACGCAGAUAAUGGCAAUGGGGACAAUACGGCCGUUGGCGGGGCCGCGCAGGAAGUCGUACAUGGCCAAACAUUGCCCAUGGACUAUGCAACUAAAGCUGCACAGCAACUGCAACAAUCGUUGCAGCAGCUGAAGAAGCAGGAGGAAGCGAUUGCAGCAUCCGAAGAGGCCAACACCGUAUAUGUGCCGCCACAGUCGCAACAGCAGCAGCAACAGCCACAGACACUUCCAAGCAAUUUGCAGUUUCAAAAUGGCAGUGUUGUGAUUCCAAGUGAUAACAACAAUGGUGCGGCAAGCAUGCAACAGAUCGAACCGCCUCAGCAGGCUCUGCAGUCUGCCCAGCAACAACAAUUGCCAUCGACAUUUGUUGCACUGCAACAACAGCAACAGCAAAGUGGCGCUUACAGCCAACAACAGCAACAACAGAACUUCCAAACCGCAACUACACAACAACAUCAACAGCAUCAGCCUUCUCCUCCACAAAUGAUGCCCAACGAUGUCGUAAACAUGCAACUUCCACCACAGCAACAGCAGCAGCAGCACCAACAUCAAUCGGCCUCCGCGCCAGCAUCGCAAAUCGAUGGUGUUGCUGUUCAACAACAACCAUCCCAACAGUUCCAUCUUCAGUCACAAUCGCAACCGCAGCAACAGCAGCAGCAGUCUCAACCACCGCAGUAUCAACACCAACAAUCGGCACCUGCUGGUCAAACGAUGCCGCUUCAAAUGACAAACUACGAACUGCAGCAGCAGGCAGCCGGACAGCAGCAGCAACCACAACAACAGCAGCCGCCACAACAGCUACAACAGAGUGCGCCGGCAACGAUUGCCGAUCCAAAAGUCCUUGCGGCUACAAUACAAGCACAUCAACAGCAACAACAGCAGCAGCAACAGCAAUCGAUGUCGCUUGAAAAUGCCCAAAUAACUAACGCAACAACAAUGCCGAAUAUACAGAAUGAAACAUUGCAGCAGCAGCAACAACAAAUGCAAAGUGUUAAUAAUUUGAGCAACGCUAGUGCCAAUGCCAAUACCAAUAGCAACAACAACAAUGUUGCUGGAACGAAUGCUCCGCUCAUGACUGCUGGAUCGCAGCCAACUGUGACAACAAUCGACGAACAAGCACAGGCACAACAGCCGCCUACACAGCAGCAGCAGCAACAGCAAGUACCACAACAAUUGCAACAGCUACCACAACAACAACAGCAACAGCAGCCACCACCACAGACACAACCAAAUGCAGAAACAGAAACUGAAAGCAUAUCGAGUCUCUCGCAAGCCAUGUACCAUGGCAGUAGUCGAAAGCGAGCCUUCAGCACGCCACAAAUAACACCCGCCAUUUCUACGCUACUCAAGAUCUCGCAAAAUGAGCGCAGAGUUUUGUUGCUAAACAAUAGUACCAAUGGAAGCAAUUUCAACAUCAACAGUAAUAAUAACAACUUACCGCCCGAUCAGUUGGUUUACUACAUGAAAGCCAACUCACCGCAUAAUCUGGAGAAUAGUAGAGUAUCCGGGCCUUGGAUACAAGGUCGCUCCGACACCAAUAUUUAUACAAAUCUGGCGCUCGGUCACGAUCGCUACAAAUUAUUGCCGGCCGCACAAAAUUACGAGGAUGUGGAUGUGGACGAGGAUGAAGCAACCGAUCAAUUCUCACCAACUAUUUACCCAACUAGUCGUGCCAUUCCUAUACCAAUCAGUGCCGGCAAUAGUCCACAACAUUUGUCAAGUGGUCAACAAACGCCUCAACUGCCAACUUCACCUACCCACGUGGCCUACAGUGCCAGCCCGACGACCGGUGCUUAUCCCUAUUCGGCCUUCUACGGCAGUUCGCCAGAGUCGCAAACGUCUCUCGGUGGUGUGCAAACACCUAUUAGAAUGUCCAAUAGCUACGAUCAAGCGUUGGGCACGAACUUCAAACGUAUGCCUACGGCGAUACACCAACAGCAACACAGCAGUGGUGGACGUUUGGUGCCACGUGCACUGUCGUUAGAAUCGACCCAGAUGAGUAGUGGAGCGGCUGCAGCGUCAGCGGCUGUAAAGUUUGCAGCAUCGUCGGCCACAUCAUUGAACAGACAGUUGCUCCUCACUGAAUUCCAAACACUCUUCAUCUAUGUUAUUUAUAACUUCCAAUGA